CUCCCCUCCUCCCGCUCGCCCGGGGUGUCAAUUUGCAGCGGGAGCUCCUCCUCCGCCUCCUCCUCCUUCCCGGCCCCUCGCUCGCAUUCUCGACCCUCCCCGGGUGGGCUGAGCAGGGGACCCCUCCGGUCGCCGGAGCGAGCGACUUCCACCCGGACUCUCUCAGCCGCCGCCCAGCCUUCACCGUCCGGCGCCGCCUGGCCUUUUCCCGCCUCUCCGCGCUCCCUCGACGCCGCAGGAGGGGAAACUCCGUGGCGCCUCCGCCUCCCUUCCCGCGAGUGUCAAAACUUUUGUCGGGGCGGCGGCGGCGGCGGCGGGACGGGGCUGAGGCGGGAGGCCGGGCUGAGGCAGGCGGGGUGCGCGGAGCGGCCGCCCGCCGCACCGGGACCCCGCCGCACUAUGCCUCAGCUGCAGCCCGCCGCCGCCGCCGGUGGAGGAGGAGGAGCGGGCGGCAGCGGCAGUAGCAGCAGCGGAGCCGGCAGCAGCAGCGACGACCUGGGCGCCCCGGACGAGCUCAUCGCUUUCCAGGAUGAGGGCGACGAGCAGGACAAGGGCGCCGGGGGGCGCGGCUCGGCUCAUGGCGACCUGGACGAGCUCAAGUCCUCGCUCGUCCACGAGUCCGAGAACCGCGGCGGCAGCGCCUCCGGGUCCGACUCUGAGUCGGAGAGGCCGCCUCAGCCGCCGCGGGAAAGUUUCCAGAAGCCGCGGGACUCUGCAGCCGAAGUAAUUAGAAGACAGCAAGAUGGAGGUUUUUUUAAAGGGACUCCUUAUCCAAGUUAUCCUUUCUUGAUGAUCCCAGAGCUGGGAAGCCCUUACCUUCCUAGUGGAGCCUUGUCUCCAAGUGGUGCUCGAACAUAUCUUCAGGUGAAAUGGCCACUUCUAGAUGUACCAGCUGGAGCUACACUAAAGGAUGCACGAUCUCCCUCUCCUGCCCAUUUAUCAAACAAAGUUCCUGUAGUUCAGCAUCCACAUCACAUGCACCCUCUGACACCACUCAUCACCUAUAGCAAUGAUCACUUUUCACCAAGUUCACCACCUUCCCAUCUCUCCCCAGAGAUUGACCCAAAGACAGGAAUUCCGCGACCACCCCACCCUUCAGAACUCUCUCCUUAUUAUCCGUUGUCUUCUGGUGCCAUUGGACAAAUUCCUCAUCCUUUGGGAUGGCUCGUACCACAGCAAGGGCAGCCAGUGUAUUCCAUUCCUCCAGGUGGGUUUAGACAUCCAUAUCCUGCCUUGGCCAUGAAUGCCUCAAUGUCCAGCUUGAUGUCUAGCAGGUUUUCCCCUCAUAUGGUUCCUCCUCCUGCACAUGGAAUUCAUCCCUCAGGAAUCCCACACCCCACCAUCGUGUCACCUAUUGUUAAACAAGAGCCGACCUUGCCCAGCCUGAGUCCUGAAGGAAGCUCAAAAACACCGGUUAUUGUCAAAAAGGAAGAGGAGAAGAAGCCCCAUAUUAAAAAGCCUCUGAAUGCGUUCAUGUUGUACAUGAAGGAAAUGCGCGCCAAGGUUGUGGCAGAGUGUACGUUGAAGGAGAGUGCUGCUAUCAACCAGAUCCUAGGAAGACGGUGGCAUUCGUUGUCCCGUGAAGAGCAAGCCAAAUACUAUGAGUUAGCACGGAAGGAACGACAGCUUCAUUCUCAACUGUACCCUACUUGGUCUGCCCGAGAUAACUAUGGUAAGAAAAAGAAAAGAAAAAGAGAGAAACAAACUCAGCAACACAUCCAGGAAACAGGAAAUCCAAUGGCUUCGAAGAGCAAGAAGCCCUGCAUGCCAUACCUGUCAGCUGACAAGUCCUGUGACAGCCCUGCAUCCUCUCAUGGCAGCAUGUUAGAUUCUCCAGCCACCCCUUCCACUGCCUUGGCAUCACCCGCAGCGCCCGCUGCCACCCACUCUGAGCAAGCACAGCCCCUCUCCUUGACCACCAAACCUGAAGCCAGGGCUCAGCUGUCUCUGCACUCGGCGUCUUUCCUGCCCAGCAAGGCUGCUUCCUCUUCCUCAAGCCUCACCAGCCAGUCUCCUCUCCUCUCCAGGGCUCUGCCCUUUACCUCCAUGCCCCCCACGGCUCUUCUGACUUCACCUCCGACUUUUGCAGCCAUUUCGUCUUCUCAGGCCGCCCUGGCUAUGUUGCAGGCCCAGCCGCUCUCCUUGGUAACCAAACCAGCUGAAUGAGGAAGCUUCCCCAACACCUGUCUCCCUGUUAAAAGCCCCCAGUUGAGAUUACGAAGCAGACAAAGCCAUUUAUUGGUCAAUAUUUGACCCUUUCUGAACUCUUCUGUAAGGUGACUCUUGAGGAAGAAAGUGCUCUACUCUCAGAGUUGUUUUCAGUAGUCUGUCUAAAGACCAUUUUUUUAUUAUUAUUUUUUAAAAACCUACCACCACAAGAAAAAAAAUACUACUUUUUAACAAAACCCUGAAAAGAAUGAAAAACAAAGAACACAAGCCAAGUCCUGUGUUUCUGUCAGUGCCUCAGGCAUGUAGACUUGUACAGAUGGAUCAUCUCUCAAUGGUGUUUGCAUGUUUUGAUAUCUUGCUAACUUUUGCUAUCUCCCAUUCCCUUGGCAAGACAAUGUUUUAUAUGACUUUUCCCCUCAUCCCGCUGUUUCAUUUUUUUUCUAAGAGACUUGCAAUAUGUACCAGAAGACACAGUACCACAGAAAUAUAGUACCUCACUGUCAUAUUCAGAACUGCCGAGCCUCGGGGAGGCCAAAUACAUUUCUUGUAAUCUGGAGUGACUGUCCAGGAUAAUGGUAGGACAAUCCAUCCUAUUUCCUUACAGAAUUAUUUUCUGUAGCAGGCAGUAGGGGAAUAGGCUUUGGGAAAUUCCAUGUUAUUUUUAAAAAGGAAAAUAAAUCUGCGUCCUAACUUACUGUGUGAGAGUAUUCAAUGAAGAAUUUACAUUUAAUACAUCUUGCACUCUGCCCCUCCUUUUCCCUUCAUGAGUAUGGAUGAAGAGGAAAAGUGUUUGCAACUGAUGCCUUUAUAUUAAGAUUGCCUAGCCUGUUGGUUCUGUCUACCUUAAUUUUGGCCCCAUUAAUUCCCAGAAUUGGACCAUCAAUGAUUCCUUCCCUAAUAGACAUUAUGAAGUGUAUAUAAAGAAAUAAUUUGUACAUGUUGUUUGGAUGUACAAAUCUGAAGAUUCUUUCUUUAGAUCUUGAGAAGUGGGAUAACUAAAAGAGGGAAGGGUGCAGAAAAGUGUCUAGGGCAGGGGUCCCCAACUACUAGGCUGUGUAGGAGCUGCAUGUGUGAAUGCUUGGCAGCCACUCGCAUGGAACCAUCCCCUCUCCCCACCCCAUCAGCAAAGCCAGAAAGGUUAGGGAACCUCCUCUAGGGAAUUGAAAAAGACCCCAUUCAUAUUCUAGAUCGGGGUCCCCAAACUCUGGGCCGCAGCCCACUACUGAGCCAUGACCUAUUUAGAAUUGGGCUGUGCGAGUGGCUGACUAGAGCGUACGUACACGCAGCUCAACUUGCACCGGCCUGUCUGCCACUCAUGCAAGUCGAGUUGUGCACGCAACAGCCCACUUGUGCAGUCCAGGUGUGUGCCCCCCCCCUUGAAGCCAGGCCACAAAGGUUGGGGACUGCUGUUCUAGAUAAUACUUCUUCCAGCAAUCUGUCCACAUUUAAAAACAAGACAAUUUGUGUAAGAGAAAGAGGCGAUUAAGAUGCAGGAAAUCAAUAAUUGACUGGCACAUAAGUUGGUUAGGCCAAAUGGGGUGAGCAGAAUGAGAAACAUGGUUUAUAACUAGAGUUAUUUUAUUUAUAUCUCACAUAAUCUUCAGCAAGAUCAAAGUGCCUUAUAGAAGUUUUCUAGUUAUCUUUGUUAAGGGUCUGUAGUCUUCAUUGAAGGGAAGCUAAUAGUUUGCUUUUCCUCAGCUAUCCAGUAGGAUAUUAAUGAUAUGGUUGGUGAGGAAAUAACAUAGUUACCAAGACCAUCAAAUGUUGGCAUCUUCCCCAUUAAAGCUUCUGGCUCCUUUAAUUGGAACAUGAAAUCUAAAUUACUGCCCAAAUUUUAUGUCUGUUUGCCAGGAUGUCACAUUACCUGUCUGUUCAUUUUAACGCUGCUUUCAUUUCCAGUAUAAACAACCUAUUCCUAGAAGUAACCAAAUUCUAGAUAGGUUACACUAUAGAUUUUCCCAGUAAGCACAUGCUGGGAAAUCUAGAUUGUGCAUGAUAUCCUGCAUAUAUAAGAAUUCUGGUGAUUGUGUGAGGUGAUGCACAAAGACAUUCUUUGUUGUUAUUGUAACUAGAAAUCUCUUCCUCAGAGUCUCCCACAGGUUCAGUUCAAGUUGCAACGAUGCAUCCAGUUUAUAAUUUUGUUGGCUGCAAAAAAGAUAGCCAUUGUUUUCUUGGAUUUUUUUUUUACUUCCCUGCCUAACUUAUACUUCUAAUACUCCCUGGAGAUUUUCCUUCUAAGCAUUAAUCAUGGCCAACUCUACUGACCCCAAACAAGAUUGGUCAAGAAUUUCCACCUGUUCAUGUAUGAACCAUAUGGAUGUGGGGGGGGGGAGAGAGCACCAGAAGAGAAAUGGUAAUCUCAAGUUGUGACAUAGAAUAUGAUUCUAUAAAUAAAAGCCGAGCUCUUUCCUAAAAUUUAACAAAGCACCAAUCAUUACACAGUAGACAUUUCACCUUGCUCUGGGUAGUAAAGGUUAGAGCAAGUUUUUUCAAAUUGUUUUGUGGAACCACAGGUUUUGUGAUAAACUAAUGGCAAAACAGCCACGACCACAAAAUGUUUACUCUGAUGCAAUCAAUUUUCUAUUAUAGUAAAAGAGUUUUGCCACUUCAUUGGGAGAGCUGGAAUUUUUCCCUAAACGGGUUCCAAAGUCUAUAAAAAAGUUUUAAAACCAUCAUAGCAAUUUCAUACUAUAUAAUUAAGCUUCAUUUUCCAAUUCAUUUGCAAUUACUGUCUAUUUUGAAUAACAUAUAUUGGAGGUGGAUGGAAAGGAUAUUUACUGCCUGUUCUUGCCCUGAUCUAUCUGAAUAUUUCAGAGACAUUCAUCCAAAAGGACAUUGAAUUUAAGGUGAUCUCUCUCGAGCCUGUACACACAGACACACACACACGAAAAUGGGCUUGCUUGUAUGGUUAGCAAAGUGUUUGUGCUAAUGUCUAGAACAGUGGCCCCCAACAUUUUGGGCACCAGGGACUAGUUCCAUGGAAAGAGGCUUUUUCACAGACUGUAACACUACGUAAAGUGGAUUGACCAUACCACUUUUACACUAAGAAGGUAGCUUAAUGCUUUGGAUCAGGGGUAUCCAAUCUUGGCAACUUUAAAACCUAUGGACUUCCAACUCCCAGAAUUCCCAUGGCUGGCUGGAGAAUUGUAUGAGUUGAAGUCCACAGGUUUUAAAGUUGCCAAGAUUGAUCACCCUUGGUUUGGAAGGACCCUGUGUUGAAAUGUUGCAUACUCUUGUUUCAUGCAUGCAACUUAGUGACUUGAAUUAAAAUCUUGAUAUGCAAGGGUAAUGGGGCUAUAAGGUGCAAUUCUCUGUAUUCCUGGGAUUUCUUCAUGCUUUUAAAACUAAAUCCAAUGGAAAUCAGAGAGGCCCGGAUUUAAAAUGUUAAGAAAGAGUAGCAUUUACUGAUGGUUCAGUUGAAGUCUGGAAAGGGAAGCACUGAACACUUGCAUGCUUGACUUGUAAUUUAUUAUAUCAGACACAUAUUUACAGGAAAAAAAUAAAAAGAACUGACUGUCCCCAGUAGAUGAGUAAUUCUAAUAUCCAGUGAAAGAGUCAGUAACAGCAAGGCAAGUCUCAAAUAAAAUUACACAAAACCAAUUUCUCCCUGUGUCCUGGGGAGAAAUAAAAUACCAAAAUCUUGAUGGAAAUAGUAUCUGCCAUGCCUGUUGAAAUCUCCUUUAAAAAAAUAUUGGCUGCAUCAUUUUUUAAAAUGUAUUUCCACUGAAAACAGGAUGCUAGGCUUCUUCAUGUUAGCAGUUCAACAAUGGCUCCUUUUUUCUAAAAAGCAAAAAUUGAUUUCAAGAAACAUCUCCAAAAACAUUGCAUAUUUGGCAAAAAGCACCUGGGUCAUGUGCAACCUUGCUUGGAGAAUCCCAAGAGCUGCCUGCAGACAAGCAGCCUCUUGAAUCGGAUUUCAUGGAAAAUUAAGGGCAUGAAGCAACCUGUCAGAAUAAUUAAAAGUCUGACCCUGGGCCAGACAGCUUCAAACAGAUGUUGAGCUUUAGCAGGAGAAUAUUUCUUUGUUUUAAGCUGCAUUUUCCCAUACAGGAAAGAACAUCUGUUAGGGUGCUGCUUCAGGAGGAAAAAAAAUGGCAAAGUCACUCUACUACAAUGGGUUGGGGUGGGGGAGGCAGUCAAAAUACAACUGGCAUCUUAGUUUGAGGGUUUCUGUCUAGGGCCAUGUUUGCUUCCAAUGAAGUACAGGUAGUCCUCGACUUUAACUGUUCAUUUAGUGACUGUUUAAAGUUAGAAGGUCACUUAAAAAGUGAUUUAUGACCAUUUUUCAUACUUAGAACCGUUGCAGUAUUCCCAUGGUUACGUGAUCAAAAUUCAGACAAUUGGCAACUGACCCAUAUACAGGGUCAUGUGAUCACCUUUUGCAACCAUCUGACAGUCAAUGGGAAACCCAGAUUCACUGAACCAUGUUACUAACUUUAGAAUGGCAAUGUUUCACUUAAUAACUGUGGGAAGACAGGUCAUAAAAUGGGGCAAAACUCACUUAACAAAUGUCUCACUUAUCAACAUAAAUUUUGGGCUCAAUAGUGGUUGUAAGUCGAGGACUACCUAUAGCAGAUAGCAUGGCAUGAAGCCACUUUAUUGAUUCAGGAUCUCUUUGCUUUCUCAUGUAAAAAACUCCAACACAAUCCUUGCAUUUCACUCUUCUCUCCUAUCUAACAAGAUGAUGCUUCUUGAUGGCAAGAUACUCACUAACCAAGUUAGGGCCUCAUCUGGAAUCGUCCAGCCAUUCUAGAGGCCGUAUAAAGCAUGAUCCUAUUGCAAUCAUCAAUGAUAGUGGAACAGCUUUGGUAGUUGCCCUGAAGUCAAUAAUAGAGUUGCUGCUUGUUUGGCAUAUUUUCAUAGGAUGGGAAUUUGGAAAAUAACCGCCCCAUCAAUACCACUGCAAAUAUGGGCAUCUUAUAUCCUUGGCACGACUAAAAGUAAAGCUAAAUUAGUUGCUGCAAAUGUAAGUGGUCUAUAAUGAGUUAUAAUCGGAUGUAGUUUCACCCAGUCUUGAAAUCUUACCCUUCCAUUGUUUUCCUAAUGGUAUAAUAAAAGGAAUCAGAUAAACACAAGGAUUGCGUUUAUCUUGCCUCACUGUUAAGUGAACGGCUACAGAGACCCUGUAGCCACAUUUUUCAUAGCUCCCCACUUGCAUGCCAUGGACACUACCCUCCCACUUCUGCCACACAGGUCUUGAGUGCAUUACUGUAAUCUAAUUCUGAUUGCAUCAAAGUUUGCCCACAAAUCUAUACAUUUAGGAUUAGUCCAAUAAGUGUAUUUUGUGAUCAUGGAAUAUGACUUUUUUUCCUUUUUAUGAAGGGAAAAACUUGUUGAGAACUUAAGCUUUAGUUCUAAAUAUGGAGCCUACUGGCUGUUGAGUGAUCCUUUGACUUGGUAUCUAUAAAAAGAUACAAGUAGGACUAAGGAACUACAUUUUAUUUUCAAAGUAAAAAAGUUCAGUCUGCAAUGUUAAUGGCAAGAUCAGCUUCUGGUUGAUAAGAACUUAGUGAAGUUGGAGACAGUAGAAAACUGCUUCCUUAUAUUUCCUUUUCAGGACUAUAUAUAAACAUUCUACAUAAUUUAGUAUUUCAUUCUUUCCAUAUCCUCAUAAACAUUUAGCUGUUCAUUGGGGCUAAAAUACUUUUGUCAACAAACAGGACAAUAUCCCUAUUGCUGAACAGGAAAGGAGCGUGUGCGUGUUUUAAGAUGAAACUUAAAUUGAAUUGAAAACUCGCAUGGACUUGAAUUCAAUUUCCAGAUUAACAACAACAUCUACCCAGCAUCAUUUCUUUGUCAUUUCUAAGAUUCAAAGUAUAGCUAAACCUUAAAUUUUCAUUAAUGACUUGGUAUUUUGGACAUUGCCACUUCAUUCACAGCCCUUCAUUUCUUCUGCUCUGCUUGUUUCUUAGCUAGAUAUCUCCAGUGAGAUUGAGCAAAACACAACAAAAAUUUGUGUGUGUGGUGGUGAGACUUGAUGUAGAGCUCUCUUGUCACUCUUCAGGAAGUGUAGUUCUAACCAGACCAAAGACAUGAUGAGCUUGUCCUGUCUUAAGAGCAGCACUAGAGAAAGAAUUUACAAGUCCUCCCAAACCCCCCCCCCCAAAAAAACCCUAGGAGUUGCAUAUACCAUUUUUUCUUGAAAUAUUUAAAUUUUCCAUGUGUACAUUCAGGGCUAGCCUAUGGUUGGGUAUUGGGCUAUCAUUAAUAUACAGUAUGUAUUAUUUAAAUUGGUUUAUUUUAUUUUUACUACAUGUAUGGGAGAAAGUUCUUAUGAGGGCUGACUUUGUCUGCUACACUCCUUGCUUUCUGUCCAUACAACCUGCAGUUAGUCAUGAUGCAUUGGGGUGGCGUAUACUGUAAGCUCUAGCAGAUAAACAGGUAAGAUGCCAUGUGUUCUUCUGCUUCAGGUAGAAUUAAAUAUCUACAUUUUAUUGAUAUUCAGAUUGGACCUCUGCAUUUCUCUGGUACUAGCUCAUGCUGUGUUCAGCCUUUUGGAAAUUGAUGUUCUGGAAUGGUCUCUUGGCUAGCUUUAGCUUUUAGCUAGACUUUCCUGGAUGUAUGGUUAGCAUUUGAGUGCUCCAUUUUGUGCAGAGAAUCUUGGGUUUCAGUCUUAAAACAUAAACUGUCCUCUCCCAUGGAGUGUUUGUAUGUCUGGAAAUCCAGAAUUCUGUCCUACCAAUGGAUAAACAGCAAACUGAACUCGGUGGCUUUAGAAGCCUUCAUUGACGUGGUCUUUCAGAAGUGUGGAAUAUGACAUCCAUCACUCCUGUUUAGCUAUACAAUUUUAUUUUGAUAAGUAGGAAAUUAUCAGUAUGAUUGUAAUACAUAGAUUGUAAUUAAUUGUGAAAUAUUGAUGGAUAUGAAUAUUACUCUGUGCCCUUCCCACCAUGCUUACUCCUGGUAAAUAUCCUACUGGUGUUUACAUCCAUAGGCAUGUCCUUUGUGAAUUGAAUUUUGGAUUACGGUAACUUCUGAACCCAUUCAGUUGGGUCUUUGUUAAUAAAUAAUGGCUAAACUAAA